AAGGGACUGAUCAUUCAGCAGCACUGGGGCAAUAAGCUCUCACUGGGGCACAAACACCCAAUAGCUCAGGCACAGGCAAAAGCACUUUAUCUCACGCAGGGGUAGGACACCCCAGGGGCAAUUCCCAGGCAGGGGUAGGACACACCAGGGGCAAUUCCCAGGCAGGGGUAGGACACACCAGGGGCAAUUCCCAGGCAGGGGUAGGACACCCCAAGGGUAAUUCCCAGGCAGGGGUAGGACACACCAGGGGUAAUUCCCAGGCAGGGGUAGGACACCCCAGGGGCAAUUCCCAGGCAGGGGUAGGACACCCCAGGGGUAAUUCCCAGGCAGGGGUAGGACAGACCAGGGGCAAUUCCAACGCAGGGGUAGGACACCCCAGGGGUAAUUCCCAGGCAGGGGUAGGACAGACCAGGGGCAAUUCCAACGCAGGGGUAGGACACCCCAGGGGUAAUUCCCAGGCAGGGGUAGGACAGACCAGGGGCAAUUCCAACGCAGGGGUAGGACACACCAGGGGUAAUUCCCAGGCAGGGGUAGGACAGACCAGGGGCAAUUCUCACGCAGGGGGUAAGCUGGGGGCACUUAGGAGCAGAUGUAAGGCCAGGGAUAUAAUAGUCUCAGGACUGAAUUGGGGGCUCAAGCAGACCUGUUAGUGGCCGGGGCCCCGUGAGACGUGAAGUGAGAGCCCCUAGCGAUGUCUCAUGACACGGCCUGUGAGACCCCCUCACUGCACACGGUGUAUGUCCUGGUGGGCUCCAGUACUGACAGUGUCCAGCUGCUCAGUUUGAGCCCAAUUCUGCCGGAAUCUGGGAUUGUAUCGGACAUGGACGUGGAAAACACCAUUGAGCCCAGUGAGAACCAGUUCUACCAGUUAAAAAGCCAGCCCAUUCCCAGCAGUCAGUGGGAACGCCACUCGUGCCCCUCCAGACCCCCGGCACCAUGAGCUCCCGCGUUUUGCUCCGGCAGCAGCUGAUGAGGGCUCAGGCCCGAGAACAGGAGCGCAGGGAACAAGAGCAAGAAGCAGCUCAGAUCCUUGCCGAGCGUAGCAACGCUGCUCCAGCCACACCGGCCAUCAACGUCAACCCAACGAGUCGGCCCAACCCCGCGCACGUGCCCCUUGAGGUCUUAAAGGUGCAAACGCAUCUUGAAAAUCCGACCCGGUACCACAUCCAGCAGUCCCAGCGGCAGCAAGUCAAACAGUAUCUUUGUACUACCCUGGGUGCCAAGGUGCCCAUGAACUCUUCUGCCCCAAGCACGGCAGCCCCAGGAACCUCUCCUCAAGCAGUGCUCCAAGCCUCGGCCAGCAGCGCCCCCAACAGUCCACUGGCCAUGCUCAAAAUUGCCUCCAGUCUGGACACAGAGAUUGAUGAUGUCAUUGAUGAGAUAAUAAGCUUGGAAUCCAGCUUCAAUGAUGAAAUAAUGGGAUAUGUAGAAAGAGCCCAUUUGCCCAGCACACUGCCUGUUGCUGGAAAUCUCCUGGAUGUUUAUUGUGGCGUCAGUAUGGCAGCUCCAGCAAUAACUAUGAGUAACUCGUGCCCUGCGGAGCUGCCCAACAUAAAGACGGAAUAUACAGAUCAGGAGACCAAAGCAAUUAUAAAGGAGCGGCAGAAAAAGGACAACCACAAUCUGAUUGAACGGCGCCGGAGAUUUAAUAUUAAUGAUAGAAUUAAGGAGCUUGGUGCCCUGAUCCCCAAGUCCAGUGAUCCGGAAGUGCGCUGGAACAAGGGGACCAUCCUGAAGGCAUCAGUAGAAUAUAUCCGGAAGCUGCAGAAGGAGCAGCAGUGGGUGCGGGAGCUGGAGGGCCGGCAGCGUAAACUGGAGCACAUGAACCAAAGGCUAAUGCUGCGCAUACAGGAACUGGAAAUACAGGCGCAGCUCCAUGGACUCAAUGACAACCCCCCAGCCUGUAAGGCCACGGACACGCUGAAGAGUGAGCCCACCUUCCACUCAGCCAGCCCUCAGCCCCCACACCCCUCUGCUCUACACCUGGGAACUCUCCACUUCACAGACCCCCUGAGUCACCUGGACUUCCACCUCACUCUCACCCCGGACUCGGCCAUUGCUGACAUUCUCAUGGACGAUGCCCUGUCCCCACUGGGGGGCACUGACCCGCUCCUCUCCUCUGUCUCCCCUCAAGCCUCAAGAAACAGCAGCCCCCACAGCAGCUUCAGCAUGGAGGAUGACUCCUGACCAGGCUCCGCCCAGGGAAUAUGGGCCCCAAAUUACUGCACCCCAUACAGGGACGGGCCAAUGCUUUCUUUCCACUAAAUCACUGAAGGGCAGCCCUGGGGUGACUGAAUGCUGACUGACCCCUGCAGAUAACCCACUCGUGCAGAUAACCCACCCGUGCAGAUAACCCACUCGUGCAGAUAACCCACCCGUGCAGAUAACUCACUCCUGCAGAUAACCCACCCGUGCAGAUAACUCACCCGUACAGAUAACCCACUCCUGCAGAUAAACCACCUGUGCAGAUAAGCCACCCGUGCAGAUAAGCCACCCGUGCAGAUAACUCACUGCUGCAGAUAACCCACUCGUGCAGAUAACUCACUGCUGCAGAUAACCCACUCGUGCAGAUAACCCACCCGUGCAGAUAACUCACUCCUGCAGAUAACCCACCCGUGCAGAUAACUCACUCCUGCAGAUAACCCACUCGUGCAGAUAACCCACCCGUGCAGAUAACCCACCCGUGCAGAUAACUCACCCGUGCAGAUAACCCACCCGUGCAGAUAACUCACUCCUGCAGAUAACUCACUCCUGCAGAUAACCCACUCGUGCAGAUAACCCACCCGUGCAGAUAACCCACUCCUGCAGAUAACUCACCCGUGCAGAUAACCCACCCGUGCAGAUAGCCCACCCGUGCAGAUAACUCACUCCUGCAGAUAAGCCACUCGUGCAGAUAACCCACCCCUGCAGAUAACCCACCCCUGCAGAUAACCCACCCAUGCAGAUAACCCACCCCUGCAGAUAACCCAUUCGUGCAGAUAACCCACCCGUGCAGAUAACCCACCCCUGCAGAUAACCCACCUGCGCAGAUAACCCACCCGUGCAGAUAACCCACUCGUGCAGAUAACCCACCCGUGCAGAUAACCCACCCGUGCAGAUAACCCACUCGUGCAGAUAACCCACCCGUGCAGAUAACCCACUCGUGCAGAUAACCCACUCGUGCAGAUAACUCACCCGUGCAGAUAACCCACCCGUGCAGAUAGCCCACCCGUGCAGAUAACUCACUCCUGCAGAUAAGCCACUCGUGCAGAUAACCCACCCCUGCAGAUAACCCACCCCUGCAGAUAACCCACCCAUGCAGAUAACUCACUCCUGCAGAUAACUCACUCCUGCAGAUAACCCACUCGUGCAGAUAACCCACCCGUGCAGAUAACCCACUCCUGCAGAUAACUCACCCGUGCAGAUAACUCACUCCUGCAGAUAACCCACCCGUGCAGAUAACUCACUCCUGCAGAUAACCCACUCGUGCAGAUAACCCACUCCUGCAGAUAACUCACCCGUGCAGAUAAGCCACCCGUGCAGAUAACCCACUCCUGCAGAUAACUCACCCGUGCAGAUAACUCACUCCUGCAGAUAACUCACCCGUGCAGAUAAGCCACCCGUGCAGAUAAGCCACGACUUACAGAGGUAACUGGCCAAUCUGUGGGAGAUUCACUAUAUUCACCAUGGGCCUAGUCCUCCUGCUCCCAAAUCUAGAGUUGCCCCUGGGACUGGAUAACUGGGUGACUGGAGGGAGAAGGUGCCUUACUGACUGGUAAUACAGUGAGCUGAUAGAUCAGAGCAUGGACAAGGCUUGUAGCCCCCGGCCUCUGUCUCUUAAUGGAGGAGGCUCCUGAAUUGCAGCACAUUCCAGGGUUCCACACUUGCUGGUUACAUUGGUGUCUAACCUUGAUUGCUGCCCUUAACCUUCAUACUGACACAACUGUAACAAAGAAGAAAGCAGGAGGCGCAAAUGCACAAUUUUAUGUGUGGGAAAUGUUGCCCUUUAAAGGAGAACUAAACCCUAAAUAUGAAUAUGGCUGGAAAUGGCAUCUUUUAUAUAGAGAACUUAUAUAGCAGUGAUGAUUGCAGCUCCCCAUGUUGCUUUUUGUUAGAAGUGUCAGUGACACUGCACAUGCUCAGUGCACUCUGGACAAGUGGGGAGAAGCUAAACGUAGGGGUUGUGGCAAAUCAUCAGAAAUGAGCUUCAUCUAUUGGAUGAGCUGAUGUUACAGGGCCGAUUGAUGCUGCAGACUACACUGAGUGUGAAUAUGGAAGCGCUUGUAUAAAAGAGGAAGAAGGAGAAAUGGACUGGGAGAAAAUUGGGGAGUGCAGGUCUCACCCCAGUUUCCCUUUUUGACUUAAACAAAUUGUUCAGUAAAAAAAUAAAAACUGAUAGGAUAUGCAAAAUAAAAAAUGUUUCUAUUAUAGUUAAUUAGCCAAAAAUGUAAUGUAUAAAGGCUGGAGUGAGUGGAUGUGUAACAUAAUAGCCAGAACACUACUUGACUAACUAUAUCAGAUACAUUUGUAUCUAUUUACCCAGUUUUUAUUUGUACACCAAACUGUUCCUUUACUGAAGAUACUUUGUGUAUUUGAUCCAAUGAUUCAUGUAACUGUAUAUUCUUCUAUGAAACAUUUUACACUCA